AUGCAACCGAAACAGCCACAGAACAUCUCACUGCAGACCCUGUUUGAUCAAGGCAAAAAAAUUAGCAAGGAAGAGGCUAGUGAAUGUAUACAGAAGGCAUUGAUUAUUCUAUCAAGAGGACAAUAUGCCGUUUUGGUGUCAGAAGCGUGGGACGUUUUAAUAGACAUAACUAGAGCUUUAUCCAUUGCUUUGAAAACAGUUAUACCAAUCAUCAAACCUGGUACCUUUAGCGCAAAAACGAGUUUAAACCGGUUAAUCGAAGUGAUCUACGGUUUGGCGAGCUGGGUAAAGAACACACCUAAUGUUGAGUUUGUAUUAGAACAUCGGGUAUCUCUCAGCUUGCAAGUUUUGCUCGACGCCAAAUCAGCGAUUGGAGUUAUUGCUUACAUCUGGGAACAGUUGAGUCCAGCAGACCUCGAACGCAUUUCCCAAACCUUGAAAACUUCGGUAGAUGUUCAAGAACAGAUUGCUAGUUUAGCAGGAAACUCUACUACUGGGGCGAACGGCAUCAUCACCGUGAUUUCAAAACUUGUACUUUUCGCUCAUGGUCGUGAAUCUUUACAUACUCUAAUUGAAGUUUUGGUAGAAUUUAUAGCCAAAAAUAAACACAACUCUGAUGCAUUCCCGGACUUUAGGGCAGACGUUAAAAAUAUAAACGAAUUAAUUGUGAAACCUAAGUACCAGAAACCACUGAAAGUUGUGUACAAGCUGACGCAGGAACUUAUAAGCCAUAAUUGGGCCGAAGGUGGUGUGAGCAUAAGCGGAAUCCUUCAAGACAUCGACGACGGUCUUAGCAAAAACUCACUCCAACUCGUGAUUCGCGUUUUGAGUUGUCUGAAAGCAAAAACUUCCAUUCAAGUUGCUGUCUCCACUUUGGUGCUGCAUUUCGUCGAACUUCUAACUUUCCGUGGGGGCGCCAAAGUCCUUAGCGUAAUUACUGGUGUCCAAAUAAGCGAAGAGAUUUUGAAAGCUGGUCCAAGUGCUCUUACGACAAUUCUCAGAGGCGUUACAAUCGAUCAGUUGUGGAAGGAACCAACUGGGAAAGCACUAGUUUCUAUUCCAGUAAUCGGUCCGGCUGUUGUAGCAAUUAAUGCUCAGCUUAAAGUCAGCGGAAUUCAUCUAACCGUUGAAGAAGCGCUCGAAAAUAGUGCUAGCGGUGGAAUCAGGGCAAUAAUAACUGAAGUGAUCGAAGGGACGUCUAAACAUGAAGAGCCUCCUGUACCCUUGAUUGGUUCAGAAAGUUCAUCUUCAGGUCAAAGUGAGUCUACCACCGAGAAAAGUGAAAAUACCGAAUCGAGUGGCAACGAUAAUGUUGGACCUUCUUCGACACCAACGCAGGAUGGAAGCGGUGGAGAUGGUACAGGAAAAGGAGGAAGCAGUGAAGAGCCCACAACCCAAGGAGGUGACAAAGGAAAAGGAGGAAGCAGCGAAGAAACCACAACCGAAGGAGGUGAUAAAGGAAAAGGCAAUGGCAACGAAUACGGCGAAAUCGACAUUAAUGGUUUGAAGGGAGCAGAUGGUAAAGAACCUAGCGAUCGCCACAAGGCACAAGAUAAAUAUGCAAGUCACGGGAAGUUUUACCAAGGGCAAGGAAAACAUCAUCAAGGACAUGGAAAACAUCAUCAGGGGCAUGAGAAACAUCGUCAGGGGCAUGAGAAACAUCAUCAAGGGCAUGAAAAACAUCAUCAAGGGCACGAAAAACAUCAUCAAGGGCACGAAAAACAUCAUCAAGGGCAUGGAAAACAUCAUCAAGGACACGAAAAACACCACCAAGGGCAUGGAAAACACCAUCAAACCCACGAAAAACACCACACCCAUGAAAAGGAGCAUAAGGUGUGAUAAGA